UCCUGUCAGCGCGCCGCUGCCUCUGUUUGCUGCUCUUAUCGAUUCCUGGGGUCACAUGACUCAUGGUGCUCUGCACAUCACAAACAUCUCUGUUUGCUGCAUGAGCUAAACAUCACACAGGAAGUUCAUCACCCCGCCUAUGCCCUAGCCCACAGGAGGGCGGCGAAACUGUGACCUCACCGAGCGACCUGCAGGCGAGGGUUAAACUUUAAGAGCACCGUCCUCAUGCUGACUGAUUGUGUGUGUGUGUCUGGCUCAGAGCAGCCUGUGAACAUCGUAUACGUCAGGUUUCAUCGUCAGCUGCUAGGAGUACGUAAUGCGUUAGUCUUUGCAGACUCACAGACUCUCGUCCUCAGAGCGAGUCCACGGUUGCGGUCCGGUCCAGAGAGCUGACAUGGCUGUCGCAGGCGGAGCAUCCUCCUCUGUCCUCGUGUCUUCAGCAAAGGAAACGGCGGCGCUGAAGGUGAACCCGGCUGACGUCCCUGCCCUGGAGAUCAAACUAGGAGCGCUGGCGGUCCUGCUGUCAGUCACGCUGCUGUUCGGAUUUGCCCCGCUCUGCAUCGUCCGAGGGGCGGGGCGCUUCAGCGUGCAGCCAGAUUUACGGCGCCUGCUGCUGAGCUUGAUCAGCUGUUUUGCUGGAGGCGUGUUCUUCGCCACCUGCCUGCUGGACCUGCUGCCCGACUACCUGCAGAGCAUCAACGAGGCCUUCAGCAGCGCCGGGAUUAAGCUGCAGUUCCCCCUGCCCGAGUUCAUCGUGGCUAUGGGCUUCUUCCUGGUCCUGGUCCUGGAGCAGAUCAUCCUGGCCUUCAAGGACCAGACGUCGCCGUCCCCGGAGGAACGGCGCUCUCUGCUGGUGGACUCCAGCAUUCAAUCCAACGAUCACCGCCGCCGGGGCUCAGCGGACUCGGACGGUCACUUCCACGUGGACUUUGGUUCUCAGUCCGCCCUGCGCGCCUUCAUCCUGGUCUUCUCGCUGUCGCUGCACUCGGUGUUCGAGGGGCUGGCGGUGGGGCUGCUGGAGGAGGGGCAGGAGGUGCUGGAGAUCUGCCUCGCCCUGAUGAUCCACAAGAGCAUCAUCUCCUUCAGCCUAACCGUGAAGCUGUGUCAGGCCCGGCUGCGUCGCUCCGUGGUGGUCGGCUGCCUGCUGCUGUUCGCCGUCAUGUCGCCGCUGGGCGUCGGCCUGGGCGUCGGCCUCACCGAGACCAAGACAUCGCCGGGGCACCAGCUGGCCCGCUGCACGCUGGAGGGGCUGGCGGCGGGAACCUUCAUCUACAUCACCUUCAUGGAGAUCCUACCGCACGAGCUCGCCGCCGGCAGGAACCGCAUCGCCAAGGUGGCCAUGCUGCUGGUGGGCUUUGCCAUGGUGACCGCCGUGCUGUUCAUCAAACUGUAGAGGCAGACGGCGAGAGGGCGAGCUCCGUGUGCGACUUCAGAGACGUCGCAUGGUUCAGAGCUUCAUUAGGAA